GCUAGUUCAAACUAGUGGGAGGUUGUCUGCAGACAAGUUUACCAAAACUGCUAAUUAAUUAAGGAAGAAGAAAUCAAUCAUCAAUGGCUCGUGGAAAGGUUCAGCUCAAGCGGAUUGAGAACCCCGUGCACAGGCAGGUUACCUUCUGCAAGCGCCGCGCAGGGCUUCUUAAGAAGGCUAAGGAGCUCUCUGUCCUCUGUGAUGCUGAUGUUGGAGUUGUCAUUUUCUCCUCCCAUGGAAAGCUCUAUGAACUCACCACCAAAGGAACCAUGCAAGGACUUAUCGAGAGGUACAUGAAAUCUACCCGAGGGGCUCAGCUUGAUGCACCCAUUGAAACACCUCCUCUGGAUGCAAAAGAGGAAAUUAACAUGCUGAAACAAGAGAUUGAAACACUUCAAAAAGGCCUCAGGUAUAUGUUUGGCGGUGGAGCUGGGACAAUGACUUUGGAUGAAUUAGUUGUGCUUGAAAAGCAUCUUGAGAUUUGGAUUUGUAACAUACGUUCAACAAAGAUCAACGUUAUGUGUCAAGAGAUUCAACUUUUGAGGAAUAAGGAAGAAAUGCUGAAAGCUGCAAAUAAGUAUCUCCAAGAUAAGGUAGAAGAGAACACAGGAAUGCCUGACUUUGCACCAAUUACCACUAAUUUUUCAUACCCACUAACAAUACAAAAUGAAAUAUUUCAAUUCUAGGAUUUGCUCUAUAGUAGACUAAUCAUAGAGCAUUCUUCCUAUUAUCAUCUAAGAAGGGUUUUAAGUUAUUUGUUUUUAAGGUGUGUCGAGCGACUUAGAAACUUCAUGAACCUUUGUAUUCAUAGUUUUCUAGGUUGCUUACAAUAUCAUA